GCCCCGGGCAGGAAGCGAGGCACAGAGCGGCCAUGAGCGAGGAGGGGAGCGAGUGGUGCUGCUGAGCGACUCUCAUCGCGUGGCGACUUGUGGCGUGUUCGAAGGCCACUGCUGGGUGGCGUUGGCCCCGUGACCCGGCCAUCAUGAUUCCAGGGACCAUGCAACAGCCAUCGAAGCGAAAAAUGGAUCCGCCAUGGGUGCAGUCAUCCUUUGAAGGUAUCGGUGGAGACCUGUCAAAGGCCAGUGGUUGUAGAGAUACAAUCUCAAGCCUUAGACCACACAUACCAGUUGCAAGCAAAGUUAAAUCCCGACGUGGUGCUGCUGCUGCUUCUUGUGCUGCCAUGGCCAAAACUGGGUGGCGACAGGACUACAACAGAGACAGUGCAGAGAGCUGGGUGGAGCGGCAUGCGCCAACAACAACGAUGGAGCUGGCUGUGCACAAGAAGAAGGUGGAGGAGUUGGAGACAUGGCUAAAAGCUCAUGCCUUGCAGCAUAAUGCUCACAAGGGCAGCAUCCUACUGCUCACGGGUCCAGCAGGUGCGGGCAAGACGGCCACACUCCAGGUUCUCUGCAAGCAACUGGGGAUCAUUAUCCAUGAGUGGAUUAACCCACUCGGCCAGGAGACACUUGGGUGGGAGAGGGAGCCUGGUGGCUUUGGCAGUGGUGUGCAGACACAGGUGGCUCUAUUCCGGGAGUUCCUGUUGAGAGCAAAUCGAUAUCAUGCACUCUGCCUCAACGGGGUGGAAGUCAGUGUGGAGCCAGAAGCGCGGCUUAUCCUGCUAGAGGAUAUUCCAAACCAGUUUUACAGGGAGGCCUCUACCCUGCAUGACGUACUCAGAAAGUUUUCUAUCUGUGGCCGGUGUCCACUGGUGCUGGUGGCGAGCGACUGCUCUGGGAGUGAGUACAGCCUCCGAACCCUACUGCCCCUUGGCACUCAGGAGGAUCUAGGCAUUCAUGUUAUCAGCUUCAACCCAGUGUCUCCCACCAGCUUGCUAAAAGUGCUGAUGCGUGUUGCCUCUGCAGAAACUGCCCAGGUAAGGGGGCGGCCGUGUGUGCUGAAUCAGAUGGUUCUGCACGACCUGUGUGCAUCAAGUGCAGGCGAUAUCCGUGGUGCUAUCAAUGCCCUGCAGUUUGCCUGGCAGUGUGUGACUCGUGCCCCUUCUAACAAGCAAGCCAGCAUCAGGACUCAAGACACAUCUGACAGUACAAGCUCUGUAUUUCCGCGGAAGCUGUUGCGAGGAGGUGUAGGGCUUGGAUUAGGGAGGCGCGGACGACGAGGUACAGAGUCCCCCACAAGUCCUGAGGAGGCAAAGGCCGUCUUCGGGGGAAGGGAUGUGUCACUCUUCCUUUUCCAUGCGCUCGGGAAGAUUUUGCACUGCAAGCGUGAAAACGGCCCUAUCUCAGAAUCCCACGCUCUCCCCGCUCACUUGACCCAUCAACAGAGAGACAUGUUGGCAGUUAAUCCUGAGGACGUACUGGAGAGGAGCCAAAUGUCGCCCGGGCUCUUUACACUUUACCUACACCAGAACUACCUGGGAUUCCUGCACGAUGCUGAGGAUGUUAGUGCGGCUGCACAGCACCUGAGUGAUGCGGAUUGUCUCACAGCUGACUGGGCGGUGAGAGUUGAAAUGCGGGAUUAUGUGGCGGCAGUGGCCACGCGAGGGCUGCUUCACAGCCACGUGGGCAGAGCGCGGUCUGGUGUGGCUGGAGUCGGCUUCCGGCCUCUCCACAAACCAGAGUGGAUCUCUGUGCACAGGAAGUAUGUGGAGGCAAGGCUGGGGGCAAAACAGCUGUUCUCCUCAUUCUGCCUGCCGCCUCUUGCCCUGCACCUUGAGCUACUACCGUAUCUGGCCCUGCUCAACACUCCACUCCGAAAUCCAGGCCAAAUUGCUUUUUUGCAGGAUGUGGGGAGAUUCAUGCACAGUAAGCUGCCACACAGGCAAGAGGUGAUCACCAUGGCAGAGCAUGAUGGAGGCGGGAUUGACCCUGACAAUGACCCCACUGACCCCACCUCUGCUCUGCCCGCGCCUUCCAACCAAUCAGCUUACAGGGACCUUUCUGCUAGCCAACCCCAGCCAAUGGACUCGCAUGAGGGAUACGAAGAUGAGGAGCUUUUCAUUGAAGAGUUUGACUCUGACAAAGAAUGACGAGUUUGAGUUGGAAACCAAACAGCAGCACUAUUCUCAGAAUAAAGACCGACCAGGGCUAAUAAGAUGUAUGGAAAAAGGAAUGUUCUGUCAUACAGUGGGCUUGAGGUGAUCAAAGUCUAUAUUAUUUAUUAUUAUGCUGUUUUACCCAGGAAGAAGUCUCAAGAGUUUUUCUUGAGGGUCCUGUCUAGUUACUGCAGUAGGGGGCAAUGUAAUCCCGAUUUACUAAUUUGCAGGUAAUUUUUCAGCAUUGAAAUGUUUGACCAAUAUCAGUUACAUUGAGUAUUUUUUAUCCUUUGGGUUCUCUGAUUCCAUCCCGAGGAAAUCCAAGCAAAACAGGGAAAAAAUACAAACUCUACACAAAAAGGCACCGAACUCGGGAUCAAACCCAUGUACUUUAUGUGACGCACGAGUGUUACAACUGCGCCACCCUACUGCCCUCUCCAAUUUCCACAGGAUGACUUUUUUGGUCAAAUUGCUUGCCCUUGGUUCAAUUGCCUUUGUUAAGUAAUGUAAGAAAAACAAGGGAUUGGCAGAUAACUUCAUUGUUAAAUAUGGAAUAUAAAUGAGAUUACAUGAUUAGUUGGGUCUAGCCUCGUUUUGAGUGUGCUCCCCAGUGGGCCAAUUUGUUCCCAGAGCUGCUCCGUUGCAUUUGCAGUAAAUGACCAAAGUGAUGUCAACUGUUAAUUCACAUUAAAGUUCCUCCAAGAUAAAGCACAAUAGGAGGCCAUUCAACCGAUGUCUGGAAAAUACGAAUACAUUGUAUGAAAAUAAAUGGUUUGUAAAUA